AUGCACUUCACUUCUCACGCAGCUUUGGCGCUGGUCGCCGCCAAUGGUGCCCACGCCCAGCUCAACCAGCUCGCCGUGGCAGCCGGACUCAAGUAUUUCGGUUCUGCUACCGACAACCCCGAGCUCGACGAUACCGCUUAUGUCGCUAUCCUCAGCGACGCCAACGAGUUCGGCCAAAUUACACCCGGAAACUCUCAGAAGUGGGACACGAUCGAGCCGUCAAAUGGGACAUUCUCUUUCACCAAGGGUGACGUGAUCGCCGACCUUGCCAAGAAGAACUCUCAGGUUCUCCGAUGCCACAACCUCGUCUGGUACAACCAGCUACCAUCCUGGGUAUCCUCUGGCUCGUGGACCAACGAGACCCUCACUCAGGUUCUGGAGGCCCACAUCGCCGGCGAGGUCGAGCACUACAAGGGCCAGUGCUACGCCUGGGACGUGGUCAACGAGGCCAUCAGCGAUAAUGGCGACGGCUCCUUCCGUGACAAUGUCUUCUACAAGACCAUUGGCGAGUACUACCUGCCCAUCGCCUUCGCCGCGGCCGCGGCCGCCGACCCGGAUGCCAAGCUGUACUACAACGACUACUCCAUUGAGUUCUCCGGAGCCAAGACCACUGCGGCCCUCGGCAUCGUGGACCUGAUCCAGGGCGCCGGCGUCAAGAUCGACGGCGUCGGGCUGCAGGGCCACUUCAUCGUUGGCAGCACACCAUCCGCCAAAGAUCUUGCCGGCGUUUUGGAGCAGUUCACUGCUAAAGGCGUUGAGGUCGCCUACACGGAGCUGGACGUGCGCCACUCGUCUGUGCCAGCCGACGACGCUGCGGUUCAGCAGCAGGCAACUGAUUACGCGAACGUUGUUAAUGCCUGCCUCCAGGUCGAGGGCUGUGUCGGAGUGACCGUCUGGGACUUCUACGACAAGUACUCGUGGGUCCCGUCCACCUUCUCCGGCGCCGGCGAGGCCUGCCUGUACGACGAGAACCUCUCCAAGAAGCCCGCAUGGACCGCCGUCUCGUCCGCCCUGGCCGCCGCUGGCACCGGGGGCGUAGCUUCUUCCUCCGCCGUGAGCUCGGUCGCCGCUGUCGCUACCAGCAAGUCGGCCUCCGUCGUGGCGUCCGGCUCUGCGGCCCAGGCUGUUGCCAGCUCCUCUGCGCCUUCGACUGCCCCUGCUGCUGCCGUCACUCAGGUCUCUCCUACUUCUUCUGUUGAGGCUGCUGCUCCCACUUCCACAGGCAAGGUCUGUACCAAGAGGACAAAGACUGUGUAUGUCACUGCAUCUGUGUAA